GUUCAAGGGUCCACCAUUUGGCCUCCACCAUAAUAAGCACUCAAGUUCCAAGACCCUUAUAAUAAAUAUCCACAUACCUAUUUACCAAUAACCACAAGGCACUGCCAAAUCUCCAAUCAACCAUAGGCUCCACCCUUUCCCCCUCAGUAACCAUAUGCUGCACUUGAAUUCCAAUAACACUAUGGUUCGGCUAAUUUUUUUGUUAAAAUUUACAACCGUAUUGUUCUCAAUGGUGAAUUCUAGCCUUCCGGAAGAUCCCAUCAAGUGUUCCUCUGCAAACAGAAACUGCACCAUCACAAACUCCUAUGGUGCCUUCCCCGACCGAAGUGUGUGCCGGGCAGCCGAGGUUGCUUACCCCACAACAGAAGAAGAGCUCAUCUCAGUAGUAGCAACUGCAACAAUGAGCAAAAGGAAAAUGAAAGUAGCAACUCGCUUCUCUCACAGCAUACCGAAGCUAGUUUGUCCCGAUGGGGAGGAUGGACUUCUUAUAAGCACCAAGUUUCUCAACCGUACGUUAGAGAUUGAUAGAGAGAGAAUGACGAUGAGUGUUGAGAGCGGAGUGACAUUGAGACAAUUGAUCAACGAGGCGGCGAAGGCGGGGUUGGCUCUACCCUAUGCACCGUAUUGGUGGGGCUUGACGGUCGGUGGCAUGUUGGGAACUGGUGCACAUGGGAGCACCUUGUGGGGUGAGGGGAGUUCUGUUCACGACUAUGUCAUUCAAAUUAGAAUCGUCACUCCGGCUGGACCUGAGGAAGGCCAUAGUAAGGCCCGGACCAUUGUGAGUGGUGAUCCUGACCUGAAUGCAGCUAGAGUCUCUCUGGGUGUCCUUGGUGUUAUCUCACAGGUUACUCUGCAACUGCAACCGCUCUUUAAGCGAUCCAUCACGUUUUCAGUGAAGCAUGAUGUGGACUUGGGAGAUCAAGUCGCAAGAUUUGGCUACCAACACGAGUUUGCAGACAUGACAUGGUAUCCGAGUCAGAGAAAGGCUGCGUACCGGAUUGAUGACCGAGUCUCCUCCAACGUCUCAGGCAAUGGCCUUAAUAACUUCAUCGGUUUCCGCCCCAUGGUUUCGGCAGUACUAGCCAUCUUAAGAACUACAGAGGAAAAUCAAGAAUUCAAAGGAGAUGCUGAUGGGAAGUGCAUCAUUGGAGAACUUACUGCCUCGACUCUCAUUAUCAGUGCCUAUGGCCUAACAAAUGACGGUAUUGUCUUCACGGGAUACCCCGUCAUUGGACAUCAUAACCGACUCCAAGCCUCAGGAACCUGCCUUGAUAGCCUUAACGAUGGACGAAUCACAGCCUGCCCAUGGGACCCUAGAGUUAAGGGACUCUUCUUUCACCAAACUGCAUUCAGCGUCAGUAUGUCCAAAGUCAAAAGCUUCAUUCAGGACGUGCAGAAGCUAAUUGAGUUGGAGCCUAAAGCUAUGUGUGGUGUAGAGCUCUACAAUGGAAUCCUUAUGCGGUACGUUAAGGCUUCAAGUGCUUAUUUGGGCAAACAGGAAGAUGCCGUAGACUUUGAUCUCACUUAUUAUCGGAGCAAAGACCCCAUGAGGCCUAGGCUUUACGAAGACAUACUGGAGGAGAUAGAACAGAUUGGUUUGUUCAAGUACGGAGGACUACCCCACUGGGGCAAGAAUCGUAAUGUUGGAUUUGAGGGAGUAAUCAAGAAAUACAAAAAGGCAGAGGAGUUUUUGAAGGUAAAAGACAUGUAUGAUCCACUAGGGCUAUUCUCUAGCGGUUGGACAGACAAAGUCCUCGGACUGACGGAUGGGGUGACCAUUGUGAAGGAGGGGUGUGCUCUAGAAGGGUUGUGUUUGUGCUCGCAAGACAUCCAUUGCGCCCCAAGCACGGGAUAUUUUUGUCGACCAGGCAGAGUUUACAAAGAUGCCAGGGUUUGCACUGGGUAACUUUGGAAAAACACAAAUUUGUUACGCUCUCAUAUUUUCUUUCCCGCACAUGAAAAUUUUGCAUUGUUCACAACUCAUUUUAUUAGCAGCAUUUACUAGGUGAAAGUUCUUGCUUUAUUUUGUACAUGGGUGACAUCCACUUGAUGCCUUUUCAAUAAAAUUUAAGUACUUAUGAAAUAAAA